GGCGGGGCGGGCCGGGCCGGGCUGGGCCGGGGGCGGGCGCUGCCCCGGCACCGCAUAUAAGGGACAGCGGCGGCCAGCGAGGGCACCCGUGCUGGGGGCUGCCAACGCGAAGGUGACACCAUGGUGCUGUCUGCCAACGACAAGAGCAACGUGAAGGCCGUCUUCGGCAAAAUCGGCGGCCAGGCCGGUGACUUGGGUGGUGAAGCCCUGGAGAGGUUGUUCAUCACCUACCCCCAGACCAAGACCUACUUCCCCCACUUCGACCUGUCACAUGGCUCCGCUCAGAUCAAGGGGCACGGCAAGAAGGUGGCGGAGGCACUGGUUGAGGCUGCCAACCACAUCGAUGACAUCGCUGGUGCCCUCUCCAAGCUGAGCGACCUCCACGCCCAAAAGCUCCGUGUGGACCCCGUCAACUUCAAACUGCUGGGUCACUGCUUCCUGGUGGUCGUGGCCGUCCACUUCCCCUCUCUCCUGACCCCGGAGGUCCAUGCUUCCCUGGACAAGUUCGUGUGUGCCGUGGGCACCGUCCUUACUGCCAAGUACCGUUAAGAUGCGGCACCAUGGCUAGAGCUGGACACAACCUGCUGCCAGCCCUCCAACAGUGAGCAACCAAAUGAUCUGAAAUAAAAUCUGUUCCAUUUGUGCUCCA